AGGGUGAUCAAGAGCAUUUGGGUUUAUUUCCUUAUCUCUCAGCUAUCUGAUACAGAAAGAACUUCUCAUAGAAAUAUGAAGUUGAUACCAAAAUCUCCAUCUUAUAAAUUACUUGUCUUUUGCUUUGCUUGUAUACAUCUCUUGUAUUUGUUAGAGAGGUCCACAGCUCAAUCUACAACUAAUACUACAACAGACCCAUCUGAUGUGGCCGCUUUGAACUCUAUCCUUCAGGAAUUGGGUGUGUCCGGGUUGCGUGGUGAACCAUGCAGUGGGGCCGCCGUUAAUGAUUCCAAGACCAUCGACGAUCAGGACAUGAACCCCGCAAUCAAAUGCCUGUGCAAGUUCAACAAUGGGACCACCUGCCACAUAACAGAGAUGUUGGAGGAUGGAGCCUGCUGGAUGAAGUCUAAAUCAUGAUGAAUUGACAAGAUGGUCCCUAUCACCAUACUAGGUAUUGAUUUUUGAAUGGAU